AUGCAGGGCAGCCCCACUGCGCCGCCAGAUCCCCUGAGGGCCGGCAGUCCCGGCGGGGCCGCGGGGGGGGCCGGGCCGGCGGCCAGCCGGCCGGCGGCCGCCGGCGCCGCGUCCGACAGCUGCGUGCUCAAGCUCAAGGGCCUGCCGUACUCCACCACCCAGCAGGAGAUCCUGGACUUCUUCUCGGGCUUCCAGAUCAGGAAGGUGGAAUUCGUCCUGGACCCCGACGGCAGGCCCAGCGGAUUGGCCUUCGCCGAAUUUGAGAGCACAGAGGAAGCCCUGCGGGCGAUGAGCAUGAAUGGCAAGUACAUCGGCGACCGGUACGUCAAGCUGCUCCACGUGCCCAAGCAGGAGAUGGUGGAGCAGGUGGCGUUCGGAACGACCAUCAUCCCAAGCGCUCGCACCCGGGCCCUGGUGCCGCCGGCCUCCAGCAGCCUCCUGCCGGGCGCGGGGCUGAGCAUGGGCCUCGGCGUCGGCGUCAACCCGCAGUACCUGGACCCCAGGGUGGACCCAAGGCUGGACCCCAGGCUGGCGAACUACCCGCAGCAGCUCAUGCAGCCUCAGAUGUCGGUGAUGCCUGGAUACGAGCAGCUCGUGGGGGCAGCGGCCCAGGGCUUUGUGCACAACCCAAUCAACGACCUCACGAAGGGCAUGCAGUCUCUGCACCUGAUCCAGUCGGCCCCAAGGCCCCAUGUGCUGACAGAUGGCAGCACUGUCAAGAUGCGCGGCCUACCCUUCCGCGCCAGCAAGCAGGAGGUGCUCGAGUUCUUCGCGGAGUACGAGAUGAUCCCCGACUCACUGCACAUAGGGGUGGACAGGCUGGGCCGCCCAAGCGGCGAGGGAUGGCUCACUUUCUCAAACCCCAACGAGGCCCGACGUGCAGUGCGCGACAGGAACAGGCAGUACCUGGGCAACCGGUACCUUGAGCUGUCCAUCUGCUAA